AUGUAUGUAGCAGACACUCUCUCUAGAGCUUCGUUAAAUAGGAAGUCUGCGGAUAGUGAACUGAAUGAUGACAUGGAAGUAGUGGUCCACAGCCUUCUUACAAAUCGUCCACUGACAGUAAAGAAGCUCACACAAAUGAAAUCUGAAACAGCUCAACAUGAAACCCUUCAGGAGUUACUCAAAGUUGUCAAGAGUGGUUGGCCCUCUCACAGAAGUAAAGUACCGUCGCUAAUUACUCACUACUGGCAUUGCGUGGUGAAGUUCAUGAAGUUUAAGGUUUAUUGUUCCUAGACGAGAAGCUUACUAUUCCACAAGGGAUGAGACAAGAUGUGUUGAAUUGCAUUCAUGAGAGUCACCUGGGUAUCGAGAAAUGCAAGUCAAGAGCCAGAGCUGUAGUAUAUUAG